UCCCUGUUUUUAAAGCACCUGAAAACGACAAACCUCGGAAACGUUCAAAAUUCUCCUACUUUUUCAAAUUCGCCCAUCAGAUUCAUCCCCCCACAUUCAUUCCACGUCAACCCAGUUCAAAUCCAAUUCGAUUCAUCAACCCCCCAAAACCCUAAUUCCCAAUUUGUGAGCCAUCGCAAAUUAGGAAAGUUCCAAAUGGCUUUGACCGACACGCAUUUAUACUCUCUGCCUCAGUCCCUGUCUUGGCUUCUUGGCUUCAAUGGCUGCCAAAGCUUCGUGCUUUUUCUGCAAGGCCGAGAGUGAUCAGUUCGUUAAUGGCUGGAAGCUCAAGGAUGGGUCUUUCGCCCAGCUCUGCAAGAAAUGCGGUUUUGCUUAUGUGAAUGGUAUAUUUUGUGAAACUUUUCACAUGGAAGCGGAAGGCUGGAGAGACUGUGCUGUUUGUGGGAAGCCACUCCAUUGUGGGUGCAUUAUGUCACGCCACAAGUAUGCACCACUGGAUUUCGGAGGUGUAGGUUGCACAAAAUGCUUACUAGAAGUUGAUCAAUCUAUUGCUUCAGGUCGAAUGACCAGAAUGCUGAAUAGUUGCCAAGUACAAGUCGGACCCAACAGUUUCAUCUGAUCCUACUAAGAAAGUUGUCGAGUCCCUUUUUCCUGAAUCUUUACAAGCUCCAGCACCUCAGAUUGGAGAAGAAUCCAAUACGGAUGCAUCUAAAGGAGAUACAGCUUGUGAAGCCAAAGUAGGCACUGAAACACCUCAAGUGGAUGCCUCCACAGGAAACCAUUUACACCCUGACAAUCUGUCGAAGAUGACAAGGGCUGAGCAACUCCAAGAAGUCUCCGGAAACUUAAACUCUGAUCUUAUACCUCUGUUUGAGAAGUCAUCAACCGUAAGUGAUACUAAUCACAGCACAGGAUUUCUUGUGAUACCGAUGAAAUAUGCAGAGGAACAAUCUCCAAGGGACAUUGAAACAGGUCCAACACCUGUAGAUACAAGUCUGAAAGCAGACCAGGAACAAUCUCCAAUGGAUGUGGUAACAAAUCCAAUGCCUAUAGAAACAAAUCAGAAAACAAACCAGGAACAAUCUCCAAGGGACAAUGAAACAGGUCCAACGCGUGUAGAUACAACUCUGAAACCAGACCAGGAACAAUCUCCGAUGGUUAUGGAAACAAUUCCAAUGCCUAUAGAAACAAAUCAGAAAAUGAACCAGGAACAAUCUCUAAGGGACUUUGAAACAGGUCCAACGCCUGUAGAUACAAGUCUGAAAACAGACCAGGAACAACCUCCAAAGGAUAUGGAGACAAGUCCAAUGCCUGUAGAAACAAGUCAUAAAUCAGACCAGGGACAAUCUCCAAAGGAUAUGGAAACAGGUCCAACGCCUGUAGAAACAAGUCUGAAAACAGACCAGGUUCAACUCCUGAAGAAAUAAAUCUGAAAACAGGCCAGGUAAAGAGUUUCUUUUGGAGCAUUCGCCCCCCGUUACAAUAUGCCUUGCUAUAAUUUCCAGUUAUACUUUGAUUUACUGUUCAAAAAGGAAAGUUGUACUUUUAUUUUUAAGUAUUUACCAAACAAAGAAGCAACUGCUCUGUAGUUGAGUUAUGAUAUGUGAUAUCAUUGCUUCUAAUAGGAACAGUCUCCCAAGGGAUAUGGAAACAAGUCCCAAAACAGACUAGGACUGUGAACCCUGUGCUAUCCUUGGAUGGGUGAAGAAGGCCUUGAAGACUUGUUGUUUCCAUUGAAUCUUAUGACUGUAAUGUGAAUGAUAGAGGAGAUUAUAAAUUUCAGCCAUUUAUACGUUUAAGUGCACUUCAAAUAUACAAUGAUCGAGAACAAAUUUUGAAGAUAUAAAACGAUCAUCACAAAACAGAGGUUAUCCAUUCAUCAAACGAACUAGACAAAUUACAAAUGCCAAGAAAUUGGCAAGAAUUCACAACCUUUGGAUAUAUACAUCAAACAACAAGGAUACAGAUGGGGAUCGACCUGAUCUAGGAAUCAGACCACAACCUAAAUUGGAACCGACUCUAAAUUCAGACCUCGAGACGACCACUUUGAAAUUCCAUACCAGUUCAGCAACCCCGAAACCACAUGUGACUCCAAAGUCAAACCGGAACGUAACGCCAAAAAUAUAUUACACGUCUUCCACAUACACGUUUUCCAUCUUCCUGACACACGUUUUC